GCGGCCGCAGGCUGCCGGGCCGGAUCUGUUGGAUGGCUGCAGCGGAGAUCUAACGGUAGUAACCAGCACAGGCUUGGAUCCUACGACGAUGCAGGCCCCUCACCCCCGUCCCCUUGGCCCUCGCAGCCCCCCGGGGUCUUUAGCACCGUCCUCAACUCCGCCCCUCGUGAUCCGUAGAGCACCAAGGCCGUCCCCAUCCCCAGUCGCGAACGGCCAUCCCCGCGGUCCCUCCCUUUCACUCGCCAUCCCCACCCCUCCCGGCGCCCGCUCAAAGUCGCCCAAGCCCAAGAUCAAGCUUGCGAUUCCGACCGAUAACCUCGCUGACGACAACUCGUACUAUGGCACGCGCGAUGGCCCCGCGCCCGCCCCGCAAUCCAGCGGCGCGCUCGACAACCCCGAGACGAUCGUCCCGUCCACCAUGCGUCCCCCCGUGAAGCCGUCCGCACCGCUAGACGACAUACGCGGCAUUCUGCACGAGCUCGAGGCGAUACGCACCGAGGAGGUCGCCGUGCCCAGCGACACGGGCUCGCCAGCCGCGCCGCCGCCGCCUUGGUCAGACGACGUGCUCGAGGAGCUCGCAAGAUUGGGCGAGGGAACUGGAGGCGCGGUGACCAAAGUGCGCGAUACGCGCACGGGCAAGAUCAUGGCGCGCAAGACCAUCACCACUCGCGAGGCCCCCAUGAAGCAGCUACUGCGCGAACUAUCCAUCAUUUCCUCUACGCAGCACCACAACAUCAUUGUCUUCCAUGGCGCCUACAUGUCUCCUUCGACGUCGGAGGUCAAGAUACUGAUGGAGUUCUGCGAGGGCGGGAGUCUGGAAAGCGUCGGAAAGAAGAUCCGCGAGAUGAACGCGGUUGUGGGCGAGAAAAUCGCUGGACGACUGGCGGAAGGGGUUCUGGCUGGCUUGAACUACCUGCACUCCAAGCGUACUAUUCAUCGCGACAUCAAGCCAUCAAAUAUCCUGUUGAACAAGCAAGGCGUAGUCAAGUUGUGUGACUUCGGCGUUUCCGGAGAACUUGUGAACUCUAUGGCGGGCACGUUCACUGGCACCAGCUUCUAUAUGGCACCCGAGCGGAUAUCGGGCCACGAAUACACCAUCAGAUCCGACGUCUGGUCUAUGGGUAUCACCCUACUGGAGCUCGUGAUGAACCGCUUCCCAUUCCCGGCCGACUUGCCAGCCAUCGAACUCAUGAUGUACAUCACUGCCAGCGAGCCGCCGAGACUCGAGGACGAGAAUGGGAUCGUCUGGAGCGACGACAUGAAGGACUUCAUCAAGCAGUCGCUCAUAGUGGACGGGAAGGAGCGUCCAACGCCCCGCGAUCUCCUGCGGCACCCCUGGAUUGUGAACGUUAUGCGGGAAGAGGUUCACAUGGCCAAGUGGAUAAGGAAAAUUUGGGGUUGGUCCCGGCCCACGAGGCAGUCAGGAGAAGGUUCUCGCCCCGGAACGGGCAGCGGUGCUCGCGCAUCUUCGAGGCAGCGCGCCGGGUCUCGCAGCUCGCAAGAUUACGAUGCCUAAGUUCUGCUUAGGUAUGCUCAGCGUCAAGGGCGCUUCUCGCCGGCGAAAUUCGAUCGUCAAAAAGUUCCAUCAAUACUCCAUGUCCCCCUGCGGAUAUACCCGUGUACUUUGCGCUGUCACCUACUGUCUAUCAAUGCUUUCCACUCUAUGCACAUACAAGAUAUCCAUACAAUUUGUACCUUCAUCUCACAUUCAUACUGUCCCUACGCAGCGCAGGACCGGUUCUCUACAUUUUUGGCGGACGCUUGUAACACCUUGCUUGCAUCUCAAGGCUGGUGCCUGUGGCUGGUAUCAUACACCUCUGGAUAGAUAGAAUUGUUAUUUAUGCGGCCCGUGCCGGCGUUUGGCCACGA